GAAACCCUGAGAGAUACGAGAUGGAUAAGAAGGAGGAACCCAUGACUUAUUCAGACGCUGUAAGCAAAGCUGCCAGUGCAAUCUAUCGUUUUCCUUUAAUAGAGGUGGAGGGCAUCCCUCUCAGGAGCUGGAUCGCCAACAGCUGGAGCCUGAUUUCAGCUUUCCAACCAGAUCCAUCUGAUUUACUCAUCGCUACCUACCCCAAAGCAGGAAUGACCUGGACUCAGGAGAUUGUGGAUCUGCUGCUGCAUGAUGGAGAUGCCGAGGUUUGUAAGCGAGCACCUACUGAUGUACGCAUCCCGUUCCUGGAGAUCCAAUCUCCUCCACCAAUUCCUUCAGGUCUGGACUUACUCAAAACAAUGAAACCUCCAAGAGUCAUCAAGACACACCUGCCCAUACAGCUAGUGCCUAAAGGAUUCUGGGAAAAUAAAUGCAAGGUGAUUUAUGUGGCUCGGAACGCGAAGGACAACCUGGUCAGCUAUUACCACUUUGAUCGAAUGAAUCAGACUCAGCCUGAACCAGGUCCCUGGGACCAAUACAUCCACAAGUUCAUGAAGGGAAAAUUGCCAUGGGGCUCCUGGUACGACCAUGUGAAAGGAUACUGGAGGGAAAAAGAAAACAGGAACAUCCUCUACCUGUUCUUUGAGGACAUAAAAGAAAACCCUCAUCGAGAGAUAUUAAGGAUCAUGCGCUACCUGGACUUGUCACUACCUGAUGACAUAAUUGACAAGAUUGUGCAGCUGACAUCUUUUGAAGUGAUGAAGGACAAUCCGAUGGCCAACUACACCUUCAUUCCAAAUACAGUGUUUGACAGUUCCAUCUCUCUCUUCAUGAGAAAAGGUGAGGUUGGAGACUGGAUUAAUCAUUUCACCCCGGCUCAAUCCAAAAUGUUUGAUGAGGACUACACAAGACAAAUGGCGGAUGUGGACAUUCCCUUUCGUACUAGCAUAUAAUUCAGGGACAGAUGAUGAGCGGUUAGCACAGAUAUCAUCAACAAUGUACGCUGGAUAUACAAUCACAGACGUAAUGUUAUUUGUGAUGUGGUCUGUUGGUCCUGGAUUCUGUAAAGUUGCUUUGAGACAAUGUCUAUUGUAAAAGCGCUAUACAAAUAAAGUUGACUUGACUUGAAACAGCAAGUUUUAGAAAUAUGAAAUCCUGUCCUUGAUUAUUUUGAUGAAAUAAAAUCUGGACCCCAG